UACCCAUUCAAAGAAUAAGUUAUUUUAAUUCACCUUAAUUUAAAAAAUAAGAAAUCAUUUAUUCUUGGGUUUUAUUUUCAAGAAGAAGAAUUUAAAAAUAACCUGCAGUGGAUAUAGGGUUAUAGGUCUAAUUUGAUAAGAGUGCAUAAUAACAAUGAUAACAUUAUCUCAGCGCUUAAGAAAAAAUGGUGCAAACGAAGAAACAAGAACCAGAGCACCUAUAAGGGAUCGCCUCUUAAUAAAAGAAGCUCAAGAAAUGUCACAGCUUUUACCUGCUUCGUGUUCUGUUCAUUAUUACAAUGAGGAUGAUUUAAGUAAAUUUAUUCUAAGUGUCCAACCCGCAGAGGGUUACUGGGAGGGAGGAACUUUUAGGUUUGAUAUUCACGUUACAGAAGAAUAUAAUAUGGUGCCUCCAAUCGUGAAAUGUGUUACAAAAUUAUGGCAUCCAAACAUUUCAGAAAAUGGAGAAGUGUGCCUGUCACUAUUGCGAAGACAUAGUGUGGAUGGAAUGGGAUGGUCCCCCAUACGUCGUUUAAAUGAUGUUGUUUGGGGGCUGCAUGCGCUUUUUACGGACCUGUUAAAUUUUGAAGAUCCAUUAAAUGUUGAAGCAGCAGAUAUGUUUCGAAAUUCCAAAGAAGAUUUCAGAUUGAAAGUAUUGGAAUAUGUGGCGACUUAUGCUAAAGAAUAGUUUUUUUAAUAUUAAUUAUAAUAUUUAAUUUUUCGUUAUUUGUACAAUAAAUAAUAAAUGUUGUGAUACUUUAGUUAAACAAAUUAA